AUAACGAGCUUAAGAACACGUCCAGUGACCUGAAAGAUGAAUGGUUCAUCAUUAAAGUGUGUAAAUGAUCGGCGACGAAAAUUCGAAAUUCGGGCAAGGAGAAAUCGAGAGGGUCGCCCAGCAACAGGAAAAGUUUUAAAAUUGGCCAUCAGAGGACCUUCGUGAAUCCGUCCAAUGAGAGCGGUUGGCAACUAACGGCGGGAUGAAGUCGGCGUUCCGAUUGGUCAGAGCGAUCGCCAGGGCACCGCGGUGGGACAACGGAUAAACAGAUUUCAAAGUUUCUUGGCACAGUUUCUGUUUACGCGGAAGAGGGAGAGUCGAGCCGGCCGCGUGCGCAUGUUUACCGCGAACCGAACCUCCGUUUCCACGCGUCAUCGUUCUCGCUAUUAGAUAUUUGUCCGCGAUUUAAUCGGCCGCCGGUGGUCAAUAUCCAGCCUGUCGUGCAUUUUGACACAGUUUGGACGAAAUGUCGUGCAACGGGGAAAGUGACAAGCAAUCCUAGAGGAACGAUCGUCGAUUUUCCCGAAGGAGCGGCUCUUUUGUUUUGGAGAAAGGAGGGGCGCGAACGCUUCUACGACCACGAGGAUUCUCUCUGCCAGAUGCUCACCAGUUUCCCGCGCGACGCACGUGAAUACAGUUUGGUCGAGGGGAUGCGGAACUCCUAACCCUCAAGUUUCAUAAACAAAUGCGUCGGUAUUCGGUGCAAAACGUCAGCCGAGAAUUACGUAAAACGAAAUGCCGAUUAGUGUGAUCCCGAAGUCUGUGUGCGAGAGGAGAUAGUUUUCGUCGAUUGACAGUUUCCGAGCAGAAGAUGGAAGAGAUGGAAGACGUUAAGUUAAGCGAGACGCCGCGCGGGUUGAACUCCAGCAUCCGGAGUGCCCAGGACACCCUUGACAGCGGUUACCUCACCCUGACACCUCAUUCAGGUGCGUGCACGUCGAUUACUUCCGGGUACAGAUCCAGAGUGUCGAGCACUUCGGCGAAGAGGUACCAGAGAACCCGGGUGGACCCGCUGCAGUCCACCCGGCCGCAGAGGCUGCGCUCGAAAUUGAACCAUCUAUUAAAUGCAUCCGAAUCCGAUUACCUCAUGUCCGAGAGUUCCGAGAAGAAUGAUCUGCUCCACGAGUCUGUUCGGUCGGAUUACAGUUCAGACUCGACGAACUCGAACUUCGGAUCGAACGAUGUCAACCUACGAGGUAGGCUCCGUCGUAAUUGCAAGACGACGGUGCCCAUCACGCCGGCUUCGACGAGGCUGCAACUUCUCUCGCCGCCUCCGUCGCCCGCGGUGCCGUCGUCCUCGUUCAUCGCCUCGGAACCGAUCGAGGAAGACGUGGAAAUGAAGCUAGUCAUCGUGCCACAGAGCACGCCUCAGGUGAUCACGUCCCCGCGAAGACCGCGUCCACCGCCGAGGAUCAUAGUCUCGCCGGCGAGGAUCAACACGCGCUCGGUCACCGGCUCGUCGCAGAGCCAUAAAUUAAGCAAGCUCUCUAUCACGGAUAUCACCUCGAUCGCCGAGAUCAAGCCAAAGAGGUUGGACUUCAGCCAGCGCGCAAUCUCCGUCGCUCUGCAUCGCACCAGGGCCACGCCGGAUUUCACAGGAAGAGAAACGGUGGAUAUAAUGGCUCUCCUUGGGGAUAAGAGCAACCACUGGAGGAUAGUCUCCAAGAUAUUCUCGUAUCUCAGUCCUCAGGACCUUUGCUCCGUCAGCAUGGUCUCCAAAACAUGGAGAACGAUCUGCAAGAACGAUUCCCGAGCUAAUAUCAGGAGAUUGACUCAUGUAAUAGUCCGACAAAACGCUAAAGAGAAUCUGAAGCUGAUGAAGAAGAACAAGUCGGAGGGCGAUAUACAGAACAGUCCCAAGAGCAGAUACGCGAGAAAAGGAUAUCUGCUUCAGGUGCAAAAUCUGCUUCAGGUGCAAGGGAAUAACCAGCCGCCGAACAGUCCUCCAGUCUCUCCUAGUAAAGUGAAAUUCCACUCCUUCGUCAAGGCUAGUCGCACGCUCGCCCCUUGGGAACACCUACUACGUUGUCCGAAGUGUUCGUUUCCCAGUCACGUGGACGACGAGAAGAACGUGGGAACCUGUUCCAGACAGGGUUGUUCGAUGGAAUUCUGCACCUCGUGCUCCUCAAGGCCGCACACCGGUCCCUGUAAAACACCGCUGCUGGCCACCCCUACCAAGAGAAACAAGCAACGGUUAGUGAUAGGGUCGAGGCAGAGCAAGAGGAACCUCAGAAGAUUGUAAUGAUAAUUCCGCAAUUGGGGGAAAACAAGUGUCCUACUAUUGAUUUUAGUUAAAUCAAUGUUCCCAUGUCAUCUCUCUCGUUCUCUGAAAUCAAUUAAGUCGGAGUUUGAUUUCAGAAAAGAUCACGUGAGAUGAUCGAAUAAAUAAAAGAGAGGGUUGCGGGGAUCUUAUUUAUAUAUGUAGAUAUAUAAGAGAGAAGAGAAAAUUUCUAAGAAUAAGUGGAAAUUCGAGGAAAUUGAACACAUACUUGAAAACCUAAUUUGAAAAAUUCAAUAUACACACCCAUCCUUAUUUAAAAUAUUAGCGACCCACUUGCUCUUCGAUAAAGUUGAGUUUUUAUGAACUACAAAUUCAGAAACCGAUUUAGGAGACUUUUAGAUGCCUUUAAAUUCUAAUUAAGUCAUUUACGUAAUGUUGAAUGUUCUCCCGUAAUUAAGGAGAAAAUUAAUAAUAUUCUUAACAAGAAGACAUAAAUAUGUAUACUGAGGAGGACUACGGGGAACUACAAGACUCAUAAAACCACGAAGGGCAUGGGCCGACUACUUUUUAUUUAAUUCUCUGCAGAACUGAACCUCCCCUUUGCAAUUUAAUGAAUCUUAUGUCGCAAGUUUCUCAAUUUUAAUUCCCUGAUUUAUAGUUCACCACGUUUUAUAAUUUAUUAGGGAAAUUCAAAUUAUUUUAAUCGAAAUUACUUUAAUCUCCUUUUCCCGUCUUUUAUCGUUGCUUAUUCACUAUUACUUAUGUGUUCUUAUCCUUGAUUAUUUAUCUUUAGUCAUUUCUUGUUUGUACUCGUACCCACAUAUUUUAUUCCAACAACGAAAUUCAAUGUAAAAAUGAAACGUCUUCUAAAGUGAAUGUUCUAUUUAUUUAUUUAUAUGUACUACAAUUUUAUUCGUAAAUACUGUUUUAAUCCGUGUGUAGUGGAAACAAUGUCUUCUAUUUAAGAAUUUUUGCAAGCAAUAAAUAUGGUGCAAAAUAUUAAGAUUUUCUCUUCUCUCUCGAUUUGGUGCCUUCUCUCAAUUAAGCUCUCUCCCUCUCCGCCAAGGGAGUAAACAAAUAAUUAUUUUCCUAGUCUCCGAAACAUGAGAUCAAAAUAAUAACUUAGAAAAUGCCAUGACUCGUAAUAAUAAUAAUAAAGAGUCGCUCGUCGAAAAGUAUUAUGGAAAAGUAUGCGUAGCCUUAAUUAUUAUCAUAUAAUUAUUAUACAGAGUAAGAUAAAGAGAGAGUUGUAUAAGUAUCUAGGAAGUAGAAAACGCGGUGCCAGAAACUAUUACGUUUAGAAUCUGUAAGUCAAAAAAGUAUCGAGAGAAUUAUUAUUCGUCGAGAGGAGAAUUCUUCAUGAUGAUUUUCUAAUCAUCAAAACCGGUACAAAAAUAAUAAUAAUAAGAUGAAUAAUAACAACAGGAACUUUUGUGCCAUUUUUUUGUUUAUGCCAUAAGUAUUGCCAUAUUUUUUUUAUUACGUUAGCAGCUGACGCUAGACGGGAAGAGAGAAACGAGGACUUCUCUUAUUCUCAGGAGCCAUACGUGCUAUUGUUACUCUUAUAGUUCGAAUGAAAAAUGCCAGUUUUUCCUCAUAUUCUAUUUUAUUAUUCUCUUCCUUUUUGUACCGGUAUGUAUGCGGGAAGAAAGACUGUAUUGUAAAUAAAUAAAAGUAAUAUAUACAUAUAUUUUUAAUUCCAUGUUGCGUAUAGUAUUUCGUGAUCGAUGUGAAAAAUAUAAGAAACGCUCUCUACGGAUAUGAAAGAAUGAGUUCUUUCUAUCUGAUUUUAAUUUCCAUGACACAUAGAUUAAAGUUUGCUUUUUUUUAACAAGAAAUUUAUUGAAUAUUUCUUUUUGAAAUCUGAUAUGAUCCGAUCUGAAAAUAAUUUCGUCCAUAUCACAAUUACUACAAGAUUGCACUCUAAAAUCUUGGAUUGAACGAGAUAUAGAAAUUUCGAAAUAACAGGCAUAAAUAUCGGUCACGAAAUUUCUCGGUUUUGUAUUAUAAGAAAAAGAUAGAAUUUUAUGCUAACAACACGCGUCUGCAAUUCUUAUAAAUGAACGUCUCUCUGUAAUUGAUAAGCAAAAAUUAAGAUAACUUUCUAUGAAAUGUCGGGCAAGAUUCUCAGCUUUUCUUUAUGAACAAUUGUAAUUUCGUAUGCGCAGGAUUUUAGAAGCGUUUUAAUAAAAUCAAUAAAAAAUUUUGGCUCGAUCAACGAGAGGUCAAAGUCCAGCGUGAACAUAAUUUAUCUGUUUUAUAAUGAACAACUCGAGAACGACAUUUCUGUGAUACGGGACAUUAUCAUUCCAGUGUUUUUUAUUGAGUAAUAAUUAAGAUUGAGAAUAAUUUGAGAAACGCUCAAAGAUUCAAUCGAACAGAAAAGAAAUUACUGUAAGAUGCAUUUUUUUUACCCAUCUACUUUACGAUUAAAUUUUUAGAAAUCCAGUUUAAUACUCAGGAAGUAAUUUUGAUAACAACGACCACACGUUUUUAAAGUUAAGCUAACUAUAUUUUCUAAAGAAGAAGAUGAACGUACCAAAUGGAAGCGCAUCGAUAUUGCAAUAAGUUAAUAAAUUAGUACGUUUCCUGUAGCGAGUAUGUCACCCUUUAUAUAAAUAGUAUGCAUUUUGUAUCAAAUUAUUUAAUUGUUAAUCAUAAGUUAAUGCUCAAUACUCUUCCUCUAUUUCCUUUUGUAUUAUUAUAAUUCGUUUCUAACUAAUACGAACGUGCGAUUUUGAAUGCGUUAAUUAAGUUAAUUAUCAUAUGUUCCGGGAUUAUGAUUGUUUCUAAACAGAGAACAAACAAGAUUGUUAGCAUAUAUGAUUUUAAUUUUUGUAAGCCCGUGCCAGGGCAGGUUCCUGUAUUUUGUCGAUUGAAAAAAAAUUUAUUACCAAUUCAUUCGGUCAUUAAACAUUUUAUUUCAGAUACGAAUUAAAGCAAUACGUUUAUUAAUAAUCCUAUCUCCUCCU